AGAGCGUCCCGGCCCAUGUCCCCCGGUCGGUCCCGCGGGGGCCCCGGGCCCCGGGGCCUGCUGCUGCUCUGCGUGGCCCUGCUGCCCCCGUCCCCCCAGGGCCUCCCCGUGACGGGGUACAGCGGCGAGGCCAAGAGGGGGGUGGCGGUGGAGGGGGAGCUGAUGAUCGGGGGGCUGUUCCCCGUGCACCAGAAGGGCGACGGCGCCGAGGACUGCGGCAAGAUCAACGCCCAGAGGGGCAUCCAGCGGCUGGAGGCCAUGCUGCUGGCCCUGGACCACAUCAACCACGACCCCCUGCUGCUGCCCGGCCUCCGCCUGGGCGCCCACAUCCUGGACACCUGCUCCAAGGACACCUACGCCCUGGAGCAGUCGCUGGAGUUUGUGCGGGCGUCGCUCACCAAGGUGGACGACAGCGAGUACACCUGCCCCGACGGCUCCUACGCCGUCCACGACGACCCGCCCCUCGCCAUCUCCGGGGUCAUCGGGGGCUCCUACAGCGACGUCUCCAUCCAGGUGGCCAACCUCCUCCGGCUCUUCCAGAUCCCCCAGAUCAGCUACGCCUCCACCAGCGCCAAGCUCAGCGACAAGUCCCGCUACGACUACUUCGCCCGCACCGUGCCCCCCGACUUCUACCAGGCCAAGGCCAUGGCGGAGAUCCUGCGCUACUUCAACUGGACCUACGUGUCCACCGUGGCGUCGGAGGGCGACUACGGCGAGACGGGCAUCGACGCCUUCCAGCAGGAGGCGCGCGCCCGCCACAUCUGCAUCGCCACCUCGGCCAAGGUGAGCCGCUCGAUGAGCCGCUGGAGCUACGAGAACGUGAUCCGCUCGCUGCAGCUCAAGUCCAACGCCAAGGUGGUGAUCCUGUUCACGCGCAGCGAGGACGCCCGCGAGCUGCUGGUGGCCGCCAACCGCAUGAACGUGUCCUUCACCUGGGUGGCCAGCGACGGCUGGGGCGCGCAGGAGAGCGUGGUGCGCGGCAGCGAGGCGGUGGCCGAUGGCGCCUUCACCAUCGAGCUGGCCUCCUACCCCAUCCCCCGCUUCAACGACUACUUCACCAGCCUGCACCCCUACAACAACACCCGGAACCCCUGGUUCAGGGAGUUCUGGGAGAACCAGUUCCAGUGCAGCCUCCACGACCUGGGCUGCGGGAAACACUCGCUGAAGGACGUGCCCUUUGAGCCCGAGUCCAAGAUCAUGUUCGUGGUGAACGCCGUGUUCGCCAUGGCGACCGCCCUGCACAACAUGAGGCAGGCCCUGUGCCCCAACUCCACCGGCGUCUGCGAGGCGCUCAAACCGGGCAACGGCAGGAAGUUCUACAAGGACUAUAUCCUCAAGGUCAAGUUUGAUGCGCCGUUCCGUCCGGCCGACACGGAGAACAUGGUCCGCUUCGACGGCUUCGGGGACAGCCUCGGCCGCUACAACAUCUUCCACUACCACAAGGAGGGCGCCCGCUACGUCUACCGCAAGGUGGGCUACUGGGCCGAGAGCCUCACCCUGGACACCCACCUGAUCCCCUGGGCCGGCCGGGCUGCGCCCACCUCCCAGUGCAGCGACCCCUGCAGGAAGAACGAGGUGAAGAGCAUGCAGCCGGGCGACGUGUGCUGCUGGAUCUGCAUCCCGUGCCAGGCCUACCAGUUCCUCCGCGACGAGUUCACCUGCGCCGACUGCAGCUUCGGCCAGUGGCCGCUGGCCAACCUGAGCGGCUGCUACGACCUGCCCGAGGAGUACAUCCGCUGGGAGGACGCCUGGGCCGUCGGCCCCGUCUCCAUCUCCUGCCUGGGCAUCGUCUGCACCCUGUGCGUGGUGGGCCUGUUCCUCAAGCACAACCAGACCCCCGUGGUGAAGGCCAGCGGGCGGGAGCUGUCCUACAUCCUGCUGCUGGGGGUGCUGAUGUGCUACAGCAUGACCUUCAUCUACAUCGGCAAGCCGUCGGCCGCCGUGUGCACGCUGCGCCGCCUGGGCCUGGGCACCUCCUUCGCCGUGUGCUACUCGGCGCUGCUCACCAAGACCAACCGCAUCGCCCGCAUCUUCAGCGGCGCCACGGACGGCGCGCAGCGGCCGCGGUUCAUCAGCCCCGCCUCCCAGGUGGCCAUCUGCGGGGGCCUGAUCUCCUGCCAGCUGCUGGUGGUCCUGCUGUGGCUGCUGGUGGAGACGCCGGGCGUGAGGAAGGAGGUGAGCCCCGAGAGGAGGGACGUGGUCACCCUCAAGUGCAACAGCAGGGACUCCAGCAUGCUGCUGUCGCUCACCUACAACUGCGUGCUCAUCGUCCUGUGCACCGUCUACGCCUUCAAGACCCGCAAGUGCCCGGAGAACUUCAACGAGGCCAAGUUCAUCGGCUUCACCAUGUACACCACCUGCAUCAUCUGGCUGGCCUUCCAGCCCAUCUUCUACGUCACGGCCAGCGACUACAGGGUGCAGACCACCACCAUGUGCAUCUCGGUCAGCCUGAGCGGCUCGGUGGUGCUGGGCUGUCUCUUCGCCCCCAAGGUGCACAUCAUCCUGUUCCAGCCCCAGAAGAACGUCAGCAGCCUGCGGGGAGCCAGCACCCGCCACAGCCUCCCCCCCGGCCCCGGCUCCAGCUUCUCUCAAGGGUCCGCAGCCAACGUGGUCCCGACAGUCUGCAAUGGCCGUGAGGUGGUGGACUCCACGACGUCGUCCUUGUGAGCAGCAGCCUCCACUAGGCUGACCCUCCUAACCCUAACCACAAGCCUAACCCCUAACCCUGACCCUAACCACAAGCCUAGCCCCUAACCACUAGCCUAACCCCUAACCCUGACCCUAACCACAAGCCUAACCCCUAACCCUGACCCUAACCACUAGCCUAACCCCUAACCCUGACCCUAACCACUAGCCUAACCCCUAACCCUAACCACUAGCCUGACCCCUAAACCUAACCACUAGCCUAACCCCUAACCACUAGCCUAACCCUAACCACUAGCCUAACCCUAACCCUAACCACUAGCCACACCCCUAUCCCUAUACAACCACCAGUCCUGAUCCUGACCCACCCCCUUAUAUAACCACUUGCCUGACCUACCUCCCAAAUAUAACCACUAGUCCUGACCCACCCCAUUAUUUAACCACUAGUCAAGGGUCAGGGUCAGGGUUAGCCCCAACCCUAACCCUAACCCACCCUGUUAAAUAACCACUAGUCCUGAUCAGGGUCAGGGUUAGCCCUAACCCUUGCCCUAACCCUAGCCCUAGGCCUAACCCUAGCCCUAACCCUAACCCACCCUGUUAUAUAACCACUAGUCCUGAUUCAGGUGUUGUGGAUAUUAAAGCGGUCACAGAGUCCUGGUUGUUGUCCUCUGAGUGCUGUGAUACACGUCCCGCUUCCAUCGUUCCUUCUUCUUUUUUACUAGAGAUUUAAAUGAGAUGCCAACACAUUUCCGAGUAUCCCUUCUAAGGCUUAGGGUGAGGGUUAGCCCUAGCUAACCCUCACCCUAACCCUCACCCUGAACCUCACCCUAACCCUAAGCCUAAGAGUUCCAAGUAUCCCUUCUAAGGGUGAGAGUGAGGUGAACCCUCAGCCUAACAGUUCCAUGUCUCCUUCUUUUUACUGAAGAUUCUUCUUGCAACAUGGAGUAAAUAAUAGUAAAGCUGUUAAAUGUAAUAUAUACGAGAUGUUUUUAAUGUAGAUUUUGGUGAACCAGUUUGUGCUUUCUGUAAUUUAUGUAAAUAAAAAAUGUGUUUUUUAUUCAUAUCAAA